AUGGCCAAGGUGCACCCCAACGUCGCCGCGCCAGAGCUGCCGGCUGGAGGCAGGGCCGUCGUCGAGGAGCAGCAGCCCACGGUGCUGACGGUGUGGCGCAAGUCUCUGCUCUUCAACUGCGACGGCUUCACCGUCUUCGACUCCGCCGGCGGCCUCGCCUUCCGAGUCGACCGCUACGGCUCCUCGUCGGGGAGCCGACGCCGCGCCGAGGACGUCGUGCUCAUGGACGCCGCGGGGAAGCCGCUCCUCACCGUGCGGCGCAAGAUCAAGCUCGGCCUGGGCCUGGGGGAGCACUGGGUGGUGUACGAGGGCGACGCGAGCGCCUCCGCCACCGCCGCGAAGCCGCUCCUCUCCGUGCGCCGUCACCACACCGGCCUCCGCCGCCGCGCGUCUGACAAGACGCUCGCGCACGUCACGCCGCUGGGGCCCUCUUCGGCCGGCGCCGACGCGGCCGCCUACGUCGUGGAGGGGUCGUACGGGCGGCGGAGCUGCGCGGUGCGGGACGCGCGCGGGGGCGCCCCCGUGGCGGAGGUGCGGCGGAAGGAGUCGGUGGGGGACGACGUGUUCCGGCUGGUGGUGCCUGACCACCGCCUGGGAACGGCGCUGUCCAUGGGCGUCGUCGUCGCCCUCGACCAGAUGUUCGGCGCCGCCUCGUCGCGGACGUCGCUGCUGCCCAGGAGCUGGUCGGCGUAG